GAUCGGCCCCUUUAACGCGGGCAUGCUGCGUUGCGCUGCUGUUGCUGGCAUGGCGUGCUUUUCUCUAGCACUUUCUGUCCCUGGUCCGAUGUUGCCAGGCGAAGAUUGUUCCCUUCGUUGGUCUCCGGUCGUGCUAACGGAGAGCAGCACCGGUGUGGUGGUUGGCUGUCCAGCCUGUGAUACCGGUUUUAGACAUACACGAGAUGCUAAUGAAGUCGAGAGACGCGAAGAGCGCCACGGAGCAGGCAAAUAUGCCCAGUCAAGCGCGGAUGCCACGAUUGGGGCAGUGUUCGUUGAGGGUCGUUCAGAGGUAACUUCUCUUAAGAGAGUGUCGACGCUGGCUGUGGUUGCUCGUGAUCUGACGGGUUUCGUUUCGGACCCCCUUCUAGAAUUAUUCCCACUUGUGUUGAAGGACAAGGCGAAAAGACACGUUGGAUAUGGUGACCGAGCGGAAGUCCCAAGGCGGGGACAAGAUCAAUGCUAAAAGGAGGAAGAAGGAACGAAGGCGG